AUGAGCAAACGCGAGGCAGAGGCGGCUGGUCUGGACGAGGAGGCGGGCCGCGCGGUGCGGCCCAAGGCGGCGGCGGCCGCGGCGGAAGCAGCGGCGGCGGACACUGCUGCAGGCGAUGAUGACCUGGACGCUCUCGACAAGCAGCAGCAGCAGCAGCAGCAGCCAGCCGGGACGGCGGCGCCCCCGAAAGCCGCGGCCUCCCCGCCGCGGCCGCCGCCGGGCGCCUCGGGCCGCGCGCCGCCGGUCCGCAUCGUGCGGCCGUCGCUGCCGUCCGACCUGGUGGCGGCGUUCUCCAACGCGGUCAUGCUGGUUGACAAGCCGCUGGGUUGGACGAGCUUCGACGCGUGCAACGCGCUCAAGGCUGCGCUGAGGCGGCUGGGGAUCUCCAAGAUCGGCCACGCGGGCACCCUCGACCCGCAGGCGACGGGGCUGCUCAUUAUCUGCUCUGGUAAGGGGGUGACACCUUGA